AUGAAGGAGAUGAAGAGGGGCCAGCAGCAGCGCCGGCGCAAGAGUUCGUACGCGAGCCGGAUGCCGGAGAAACCCGUCAAGAGGUGGCUGCACCUGCCUGCGAAUAAUGUCGCGUGGGUGAUGGAUCUGGUGCAGCGCGUGUGCGCGAUGGAUCACAGGACGGACGCGGAAUGUAACCGGAUCAUGGCGUUUAUCGAGGAGACGUUCCAUGAGAUGCGGACGGGGGAGUUUUACCGCCGGCCGCAUUUCAAGAUGGAGGCUGCUGCUGCUGCUGCCGAGGAGGCGCUGGGGCUGGGUGUUGGACCGCCGACGCCGCCUAUCGCGCAGCCCGCGACAACGACGACGCCUGGCGGGAGGAUGUUCUCGAUGGUGCUGCCCAUUAUCGACGUCGACAUCGACGAGGGCACGAAGAACAGCCUUCGGAACGUGCAGAUCGGGGACGAGGCGCGGCUGAUGCGGCCUCUCGAGAUGGUCGCCGGCAACGACAGACGCGUGGUAGUCCCAAAAGGAGCUGCCGGUGGUGGGACGCAGCGACGGCACCCCCUGACCGCGAUGCCAACAAACCUCCAGCACUACCUCUUCCCGCACCUCGCGCACUUCGACGCCAUGGCCAAGCUGCGCGCGAGCUUCACCAAGUCGGAGUACCACGUCCCGCGGCCGCUGGACCAAUCCUACCACGAGGCCCUCAGCGCGGCGGACCUGGCGUUGCGCAACGAGAGCCAGGUGCUGUUCCGGUACCUGCGGCGGGUCGAGGGGCGGUUGGAGGAGCAGCAGCAGCAGACGGCGGAGGAGGCGUGUCCGCCGCCGCUGGUGGAGGACGCGCAGGGGCAGGGGAAGAGCCCGUUUGAGAGGCACGUGCAGCGGACGUUUUCGCGGCAGGCGAGCUCGAAGCAGAAGAAGACGGACGGGACGAAGGCGGAGCUGGGGAGGAUGGCGGGGCGGCAGGACCAGGCGAGUAGUGUGCAGGCGAAGAUUUCGCGGGAGAAGAGGAGGAUGGAUACGGAGAGGCGGAAGCAGAUUUUGUGUGUGGCGCAGCUUUGGGUGUGGAGGAUUGAUGAGAAUACGAUCAUCACUGCGUUCCCGGACCGGUGGGAUAACAAGAACGCCAAGACACUGUUGAACGAGAUCAAGCAUCGCGUUUUGGGGAUCAGGGAUUUGAGGUCUGAGGACACGGAUAUGAUGCGUAUCGUGGAGAGUAUCCUCGAGAGCGCGCUGGGAUACAGCGAGGAGGAGUUUCACUUUCAGUUUGAGGGGCCGAAGAGUUAUUGCACCGUGUUUGCGUCUUCAAUUGCACAUGUUUCCAACGAGGCGAUGAAGCGCUACGCCGAGUUCAAGGCAUCCAUCAAGAAGAUGGGCACGUCGAAGACGGUGCUGGACGACUUAAGAGCCGAAAUUGAGCUUCUCCAGGAGAUUGACGACAUCCGAGAAGAGAUCAACAUGAUUAAGCGUGUGCUACGGUCUCAGGAGCGUGUGUAUGAGGAAUUCAGGGGCUCGGAGAUUGGGGAGAAGUGCGGGGAUGGGAAGGAUGCGGCGAGGAAGGCGUUCAAGCAUCCGACCUUGGACUUCUUCAAGAGGUUGGAGGAGGAUGCUAACCGUGUGCGAGACUCGAUCACGACACUACUGGACCUCAGACAACGCGAGGCGAACAUCGAAGAAGCCCUGUCCGCCAGCGAGCAGUCCAAGAUCCUCUUCAUCUUUACCGGCGCCACCGUCGUUUUUGCUCCCCUCUCGUGGGCAACCGGCAUUUUCGAGGUUAGCAUCGAAGGUCUCGCCAGCCCCACCACUGCAGGCACACUGAUCAUCGCAUGUGUGCUGAGUCUCUUCGGCACCCUGCUCCUCAUCGCCCUGUCCCUCCAGAUCUACGAGUUCAUCACACAGGGCAAGGCGAAGCAGAUGUACCAGAACGUGUGGAACUUCUUCGAGAUUAGGAGGAAGGACAAGGCUGCUUCUAGUUCGAAAAGCUCUCCCCCAUCGUCUCUGGAUGCGUCUACGCAGUUGAGUAGGCAGAGGAGGUCUUCCCUAUCGCAGCCCGUUGCCGCCACAGCUGUCAGUGAGAGGAAACCUAUUCGAAAGAGACUUGCGGCUUUGAGGCCGAGGCAUCGGGGUAGGGAUGAGGAGAAGGGGAUUUCUGGGAAAUAG